ACUGUUCUCUCUCAUGUCUCACACACACACACACACACACACUGAGCGAGGCUGUGGAAGCCUCGUCGCUCUGGGAGCAGCGCAGAGCAGCGGAGGAGACAUCGCAGACGAGCGGUGUCACCACAGACAUACAAGAUGGUGAGGCGGUGAAACGGCACCAGUGUAACUGAGCUAUGCGGGCAGAGAAGGGCUCCAGUGUCGUCACAGACCAUCGUGGUGCUGAAUUGCACUUCUCAGUAGCAGCAUCGGUCAAGUGACAAACGUUGGUCAGCUGCAAAUACUGUGAAGCCUGUGAACUUGUGACUGUGGCCAUAAGGAAGUGAAAAUCCAAGCGUGUCAAGAGUUCAAGAAGAGUAAAUUAGCAGCUAACAUCAUGAAAGUGGGGAAGACAGAAUAUCGAGCUCAUCAUGAAACCUCAGAAGAGACGUCCAGAUGCUGUGACUCGACUUCCAGACUUCAUGGAACCGGAGCACACAAAUAAUUCCUCUAAACAUAUCUGCUAAACACUCAGGCGAGCUUGUGAAACGCUAGCGCGAUGCUUGGUGUGCGGCCCCGGUCAUGAAGCUGCAGGCAUGAUGUGGUCCACAGCGGCGCUGGGCGUGGCCCUGUCCGUCGUCAUCCUCCUCACCGUCGGCGGUAACGUGCUGGUGUGCGCGGCCGUCUGCGCCUCGCGACGCCUCCGCUGCCUCACCAACUGCUUCGUGGUGUCGCUGGCCGCCACCGACCUGCUCCUCGGCCUCCUGGUGCUGCCCUUCUCCGCCCUCCUGCAGCUCGGCGGCGAGUGGCCGCUGGGCCCGCUCUUCUGCAACUUCUACAUCUCCAUGGACGUCAUGCUGUGCACCGCCUCCAUCCUCACCCUGCUCACCAUCAGCGUGGACCGCUACCUGGCCGUGACCAGGCCCCUGAGGUACGCCUCGCUGGUGCUGCCGUGGAGAGUGGGCGUGGCCAUGGCCGGCGUCUGGACGGUGUCCGUGGCCGUGUCCUUCCUGCCCAUCCACCUGGGCUGGAACACGGCCAACGGGACCGUGCAGAACCUGGGGCCCUGGGCCCAGGAGGGCAAGUGCCGCUUCGAGCUCAACAGGCCCUACGUCCUGAUCGACUCGCUGCUCACCUUCUACCUGCCUCUGGUGGCCAUGUGCUGGACCUACCUCCAGAUCCUGCGCAUCGCGCGGGCGCAGGCCAAGCGCACGGCGGGCGCGCGGCCCGCGUUCGUGACGCGCUACAACAGCAGGACCAGUCCCACCACCAGCACCACGCUGGUCUCCGGCGCCACCGCCGCAGCCCUGCGGGAGCACAAGGCCACGGUCACGCUGGCGGCGGUGAUCGGGGCCUUCGUCGUGUGCUGGCUGCCGUACUUCCUCCUGUUCACGCUCCUGGGCCUGAAGGAGCAUCCCGAUCCUAGCGUGCUGCCAGAGUUUCAGAUUGUGCAGUGGCUGGGAUAUGCCAAUUCAGCCCUCAACCCCAUUCUCUACGCAGCCCUCAACAGGGACUUCAGGUCCGCCUACACGCACCUACUGAGAUGUCGCUGCCCCGGUUACGGCGGGCGGGGGAGGCGCCCGUCAUCCCCAGCUAUAGCAGCAGCCAGAGAACCGCUCACCAAGGUGACGCUGCUGUGUGGCCAGACCCCUGCUGUGACAGAGCAGGCCGUCGCACUUCAGGACAUGAGCAGCACAACAACCACAACCACAGACUCGUGCCACAGAUGCUAGUAGCACUGAAAGGUAGCUUUAUAGCUUCUGUGCAAACGGACGUCAUACCUCACGAUCAACCGGGCCACAAACUCUACAACACUGCAUCGAAUGCCACAAAGAAGUUGCUUCAACAAGAAAGAACCGUGUUCUCAGCUUGUUUUGGUACACAACAUUUAUUUUGUUUCCUUCUAGCCUUGAGUUGUGUGGAGCCUGUGUUUGAGGGGGAUGCUGUUUGAAACCUUCAAAGACAGAGUAGAAGCGUCCGUAAUGAACCACACGCAAGGGAAAAGAGGAUCCCAGCGACUGCACGCGCGAGGACGCGGCUUUCAGCCGUCACACGGCAGCGUGACAGGCUCUGGAGCUAAUUUGCAGUUGCUGGCGAAGCUCUAAAAGACACAGUGACACGGGGCAAUUAACUGGUGUGUCACCAAUCUCAUGAACUGGAAUUCUAAGACUUUAACUCAGGACUGCACUCCAGUGGAAGCGCAAAGCAUCGCAGCUCCAGGCAGCAGACGCCCGGCGGAGGCGAGCGUCACGUCCAUGUACAGUAGAUGUUUGAAUGUUAAUGUGCCAGUGAAGAGUCUGUUAUUCACUUUAUGACAUACUGUAACGGUGGCAAAUAUGUGUUGUAAAAUCCUAAAGAGCCAAAAACAUGGUUUGAGCUUUUCCUCUGAAAUUACACUACAACCACGCCGCACCAAUAAAGAGCAUCUCA